AUGGCUCCAAAAAUACCCCGGAAGGGCUCUAAAGAGGAACCUGAUGAUAAAACAACCAAAUGUUCCAAAGCUAGAGCCGAAUAUCGGUAUUUAGGUGAAGAAUGGUUUCUCCAAGAAAAACCAGAUUCCGAUGCUAAAUAUAAGUAUUAUGGGUACGUGGUGACCGCUAUUGCUUUUAUAUUGAGGUUUUGGAGGAUAUAUUACCCUCGUGAAGUUAUUUUUGAUGAAGUACAUUUCGGAAAGUUUGCGUCGUACUAUCUAGAGAGAACAUACUUCUUUGACGUGCACCCUCCAUUUGCCAAGCUGUUAAUUGCAUUUGUUGGGUGGUUGAUGAAUUAUGAUGGCGAGUUCAAGUUUGAAGACAUUGGAUAUAGUUAUGAUAAAACGAACGCACCAUUUGUAGCUUACCGUUCUCUAAGUGCUAUUUUAGGAACCUUAACGGUUCCGGUUAUGUUUGGUACAUUGCGCGAGAUGAACUUCAAGGCGUUGACAUGCAUGUUGGGCGCUUUAUUGGUUGCACUAGACAAUGCUCACAUUAUUGAUUCGAGAUUAAUUCUCUUGGACGCCACUUUAAUUUUUACUGUUGCAUUGUCAAUCUACACAUAUGUGAGGUUUUAUAAGGUCCAACUAAGAGCUCCUUUUUCUUCUGAAUGGUAUUACUGGUUGUACGCAACUGGGUUUUCGUUAUCGCUGGUUAUCUCAUCGAAGUAUGUGGGUGUGUUCACUUUUGCUACGAUUGGAUCUGCAGUUAUUGUGAACCUAUGGCAAUUGUUAGAUGUCAAGGCAGGAUUAACCAUGAGACAGCUAACGAAGCACUUUGUGGCACGACUCAAUGGUUUGAUUGUAUUUCCUUGUGUUGUAUAUUUGUUCUGGUUCUACAUUCAUUUUGCGAUCUUGAGUAGAUCUGGUACAGGUGACGAUUUUAUGUCUAGUGCUUUCCAAGAGACGCUAGAGGACUCUCCAUUAGCAAAAGAAUCAAAAAGUGUUUACUAUUAUGAUAUUGUUACAUUUAAGCACCGUGAAACCUUAGCCCUUUUGCACUCUCAUUCUGCACACUAUCCACUACGUUACGAAGACGGUCGUGUUUCAUCUCAAGGACAGCAAGUGACUGGUUAUUCACAUGAGGAUAUAAAUAACAAUUGGGAGAUUAUUCCAACAAAGGAGCUCCCAGCACGUGAGGGACAACCGGUUCUUUACGAUGAUGUUAUCCGCUUAAGACAUGUCGCCACUGAUACAUAUUUGUUGGCUCACGAUGUCGCAUCCCCAUAUUAUCCAACUAACGAGGAAAUAACCACUGUUCCACCAGACGCAGCAAAUGGAGAUAGACGAGCUCAAACUUUGUUUAAGUUACAGCCUAAAAACAAGAAGGAUAGUGGUCAUAUCAUUAAAAGCAGAUCUUCUUCCUUCAGAAUAUUCCAUGUUGACACUGCGGUAGCCUUAUGGACUCAUAACGACCAGUUCCUGCCUGAUUGGGGUUUCGGACAGCAAGAGGUUAAUGGUAACAAGAAAGUCACCGAUGAAUCAAACCACUGGACCAUCCAUACUAUUUUGAAUCUAAGUGAAGAACGUAAAACUUACACCCCUAAGAAGGUAAAAAGCUUACCUUUCUUCUCUAAAUGGUCUGAACUACAAAGGUUAAUGUUCAUCCAUAACAAUAAGCUUUCUGCUGACCAUCCGUUUGCCUCACAACCAGACUCAUGGCCGGGUUCAUUGUCUGGAGUAUCCUUUUGGACCAAAGACAGUGAGAAAAAGCAGAUUUAUUUCACUGGUAACAUUAUUGGAUGGUGGUUCCAAAUUGUUUCUCUAUCACUAUAUCUUGGUAUCAUUUUGGGCGACUUACUUACAAGAAAGCGUAGUUUGUUUGUUUUCGGUAGAAUUACUAGGGUGAAAUUAUAUGGUCCUGUCAUGUUCUUAUUUAUCGGUUGGUGUUUCCACUACUUCCCGUUCUUCUUAAUGUCACGUCAGAAGUUCUUACAUCAUUAUUUGCCUGCUCAUUUGAUUGCAGCUUUGUUUAGCGCUGCCUUGUGGGAAGUGCUCCUAUCAGAUAGUAGAUCAAUUGACCAAUAUAAGGAUGAGUCUAACAGUGAAGUCCCUCAUGUCAAGACACCUAAAGUGUAUGAACCGGCACUGGUAAUCUUUUUCAUUAUUAUUGCUACUGCCACUGCGUAUUUCCUCUACUACUUUUCACCUCUAGUAUACGCUCACCGGGGUCUAACUCCAGCAGAAGUUAAUGCAAGACAAUGGUUUAACAUAAAAUUACACUUUGCUAAAUAG